CCCUGGCCCCGCCCACCCAGACACAAACACUGGGGGGGGGGAACUCUCGGCUGGCGAUGAUGUCACGGUCCGUCUGUGACCGCUGUGUUUAGUGAUGGCGGAGGAGGGUUCGUCAAUUGGCGGAGGGGAGCGAGGGUAAAGCAGCCAUUGAUAUCGCUUGCACUGUACUCAGUCGGGCUGCAGUGAGCUGGCAACGUCCUAAAGGUGAGGAGGCCUGCGGGAAGGCUUUUCCAAGUGACCGCUGAAUAGCCGAAGGGGAGGCCUUAGCUAAGAAGCCCCCACGGCGAGAUGGGCAACUGCCUCAAGUCCCCGACUUCUGAUGAUAUCUCCCUGCUACACGAGUCGCAGUCUGACCGUGCCAGCUAUGGGGAAGGGAACGACCAGGAGCCUCCGCCCCCAUACCAGGAGCAAGCUCCAGUCCCAGUGUAUCACCCAACCCCAAGCCAGACCCGCCUAGCAACACAGCUUACUGAAGAAGAACAAAUAAGAAUAGCACAGAGGAUAGGACUUAUACAGCACCUGCCUAAAGGAGUCUAUGAUCCUGGAAGAGACGGAUCUGAGAAAAAGAUUAGAGAAUGUGUAAUCUGUAUGAUGGACUUUGUAUAUGGUGAUCCAAUCCGGUUUCUACCCUGCAUGCACAUUUACCAUAUGGACUGUAUAGACGACUGGCUAAUGAGAUCGUUUACUUGCCCUUCCUGCAUGGAACCCGUGGAUGCAGCGUUGCUCUCGUCAUAUGAGACUAAUUAAACCCUACAGGUCCUGGCGCACACAACAAAGACCAUUACUUCUAAGGGGGUUCUCUCUUCCUUGGUCUUCUGAGCCCAAAGAACCAAAGGAUAAGAUUUAGAAAAAUGCACAAAGAUCUCCAAAAUGUCUUAUCAACCGGCAGUCUAAAAAAAAAAUGACACCUAGAGAGUACUGUGUGGCACACUCGGCCCGCAAUUUCUUACCACAGCUUCCUGAAUAUAUGGAAUUAUGCACUUGAACUAGUGUCUACCCCUUACAAGUGUCACCCUUGAAGACAUGGCCUCUACUUCAGUACUUCAGCCAUAUUCCCUGUUUCCCCUUUAAUUCUCGUGCACACCGCCCUUGUUCUGCUUUAAUAGUCUGUUCAUGUGUUUGUGUAUAAGGGGCGGUGAGGAUGUUUAUCUCUGGGGAGAGAACACUACAAUAUUUGCAGGGGAUCUUCUUCUCUAAUGGAUAAUGGAUCCUGAAAUGAAAGUCAGAAUAUUCAGGCCAAAGUUACUGCAAGAAGCACAGAACUGCAGUUUAAUUCAAAAAUUUCCAGUCGCUGGAGAAAUGUUAAACAUUUUAACAGACUCGAUGCCCUACUCCUGGUGUUUCCUGGAAUCAGUUUUGGAUUGAGACACUUAGAGGCCCAUUUAUCAAAGACCGAAUUUAUCUCAUUAUUUUCUAAAAA